CAUCUUCUUUUUGAAGGAACAGUGAGAGCCAAUGUUGAUCCAACCGAACAGUAUUCAGAUGAAGAGAUAUGGAAGAGCCUUGAACGCUGCCAACUUAAGGAUGUGGUGGCUGCAAAACCCGAUAAACUCGAUUCUUUAGUGGUUGAUAGCGGAGAUAACUGGAGUGUGGGGCAAAGGCAGCUUCUCUGUUUGGGCAGGGUAAUGCUAAAGCGCAGCAAAAUUUUGUUCAUGGAUGAGGCCACAGCUUCUGUUGAUUCACAGACUGAUGCUGUUAUUCAAAAGAUCAUCCGGGAGGACUUUGCAACCUGUACAAUUAUUAGCAUUGCUCACAGAAUACCCACUGUCAUGGAUUGUGAUAGAGUUUUAGUUAUAGAUGCAGGGCGGGCAAAAGAAUUCGAUAAACCAUCUCGCUUGCUUGAGUGGCCAUCACUCUUUGGGGCAUUGGUUCAAGAGUAUGCCAACCGCUCAUCUGGACUAUAAGACAACCUGUCUGCUUUCCUAUCAUCACAUUUUCUAUACCAACUGCAGCUGGCUGCUGUUGACUAAUUAUCUGAGUACGACCAUCUAUCAAAUACCAUGAUAGAAUUCCUUCCUGGGUGGCUGAAGAGUAGUACUUCUCAUUAGCAAAAUGGCAAAUUAAAAUAAGACUCUUGUCAUUGAUUCAUUGGGUAUUUGUAUUGAGAGGCCCACUAUUUGAAUAAUUGAAUUACCUUCAAAUGCUCGAUUCUUGCAUUUGAAAAUUUGAAAUUUAGAAACAUAUUAGUGUUAUGAAUAGCCAAUAUUAGUGUUAUACAA